UCCUAAUCCUGGAGUGUGUAGAAAACGAGGAUUUGAGCAAUAAAACCCUGAAGAUCACAGAUUUCGGGCUGGCGCGAGAGUGGCACCGCACCACUAAGAUGAGCGCAGCGGGCACUUAUGCGUGGAUGGCGCCCGAGGUCAUCCGCUCCUCUACUUUCUCCAAAGGCAGUGACGUCUGGAGUUACGGUGUGCUGCUGUGGGAGCUGUUAACAGGUGAGGUGCCGUUUCGGGGUAUUGAUGGACUCACUGUGGCGUACGGAGUGGCCAUGAAUAAGCUGGCACUGCCCAUCCCAUCCACCUGCCCCGAACCCCUCGCUCGCCUCAUGGAAGAUUGCUGGAGCACUGACCCGCACUCACGGCCACCCUUCUCCACCGUCCUGGACCAGCUGACCUCCAUUGAGGAGUCAGGAUUUUUCGAGAUGCCCGCUGAGUCCUUCCACUCGCUGCAGGACGACUGGAAGCUGGAGAUACAGGAGAUGUUCGACCAGCUGAGGGCCAAAGAAAAGGAGCUGAGGUCGUGGGAAGAGGAGUUAACGCGGGCUGCGCUGCAGCAGAAGUGCCAGCAGGAGGCGCUGCGGCGGCGUGAGCAGGAGCUGGCAGAGCGCGAGAUCCACAUCCUGGAGCGCGAGCUUAAUGUUAUCAUCCAGCAGCUUUACCGCGAAAAACCUCGCACGGAGCAACGCCACGGCAUGUUCCGCCGCAGCCGCAUCAAACUACGGCCCGGAGACCGCAUCAGCCUGCCCUCCGAUUUUCAGCAUAAGAUCACAGUGCAGGCCUCUCCGUCUCUGGACCGAAGGCGGAGUGUGUUGGGCUGCGCCAGCCCCCCAAACAGCCCCCCUGUACUGCCCCGCCUCCGAGCUAUACAGCUGGCCCCGGCAGAUGGUCAGGGCUGGAGCCGGAACGCUGCGUUCCAGCUGGAUGAAGAGGAGGAGAGGAAGAGUUCCCGUAAAAAAGGCCGAAUCCGCGGGUCAGGAACACACCGAGAGCACAGCGCUGAUGAGAGUUUGAGGAGUCCUAAGCAGGAUAGCGUUCCAGCGUCCAGCAGGCAGCGGUCCUGCAGCGCUCCGAACCUGCGCCGUUCGCCCAGACACAGUCCAGCGGUGCCCGGCGUGCCCAGCCUGCCCGAGACUGAAAAUGAGGACUGCUGCUGUCCAUCUGAGCCCCCAGACUCUCCCAGCCAGUCAUAUCUCUGCCUCCCCUUCCACAGGGAGGGCUCUAUUUCUGACAGUUACGGCUCCGAAAGUGCUGUGAUUGGCCAGGGCCUUGACUCCUCCCCCAGUUAUUCGAGGCGGAGCCCCAGUGGGGGUCAGAGGUCAGAUGUGCUGAUGCUGGGCUGUGGUGCGGUGCUGGCGGCCGUGGGGCUCGGCUUCAACCUGCUGGACUUGGGCAGGCUGGAGGAGGGCGCCCGCCCCAAAUGGGAGGGGCUUUUCCAGAGAGUGGGUGGUGGCCAGAGGCGGAGCUCCAGCCCCCCAACUCGGAAGUUAUUCAAAAGGGACAGCCCCCUGCGGCCCCCGCCGCUGCCUCCCUCCCUCACGCUCCUCUCUCUGUCCUCUGUUUCGGACUGUAACUCGACCCGCUCUCUCCUUCGCUCGGACAGCGAGGAGCUGCUGGUGCUCCGCCCCCCCUCGCCCCCUCCGUUGAUGCCCCGCCCACUCUCCCCUCCCGCACCGUCGCUGCUGCGGCCGCCGCCCCCCAACCCGCUCGUCAACACGCAUCUUGAGAGCUUUAAGCGAAACCCUCGCCAGUCGCUCACGCCCACACACGUGCCCGCCGCGCCCAGCGCCACCCGCAGGCUGCACCGCACGCCCUCCGACGGAGCCAUAAAGAAGGGCGGCACAACAAACAACAACAACACGCAGCACAGCGCUCAGCCAACACCUGCAAGAACCACACAGGAGCACACAGUGAGUCCGUGGGCAGUGAGAGAUGACCCCUCUGAAGUUCCUCGUCUUCCUGACCCAAACCUCGUCUUCCCGCCCACGCCGCGCCGCCGCUGCCAACCGGAACGUCCCAAAACUCUGGACUUCUUAGCCAGGCCACGCCCCUCUCCCCGAGCCCGCUGUGACAGCCAAUGGGGAGACUCUCCGGCUCGCACAUCCAGCACCGAAACCCCACCCACUGUGGAGUUCAGUGGGGGCGCGGUAGUCCCACCCACCCCGAUGGAGCAGCCGACCCCGUGCUCUCCCUGGGUGAAUGACAGUCUUCUGGACCAAUCAGACGAAGGCCAGUGCAGGGACGGAACCAGGCCGCUUAAAUUAGAGCCCAUUCUGCCCAGAGACUCGCCUUAUAGAAUGAGACCCGGAUUCUGGUCCUGA